AUGAUUAUUUCAGAAUAUGCUACUAGGUUCCAAACCUUGCCCCGUUUUGCGCCAGAGUUAGUUACAACCGAUGAUAAGAAAUGUAGGCGUUUUGAGAAAGGGUUACACCCGUCUAUCAGGAAGUAUGUGGUAGGUCAACGAAUUGGAAUGUUUUCUGAUAUUGUCGAGUGUGCUAGAAGUAUUGAGUAUACAGAGGAAAUACCAGAGGAGACGAAAGUGCAGAAGUUGAGAAGACAAACCAUUAGUAAGAGCAUAUCUAUAGAAACAUCUGGGAGCCAAGGGAGGAAGAGACAGAGAGAUCAAUUUUGGUCCACCUCAGGCCAGCAUAGUUCAAAACCACCUAAUCUUUCCAGAAUGUCAGGAGUUUCAUCGGGGUCAAUGAUUAUGUGUUAUCGGUGCCGUCAGUCGGCCCAUCGUGCAGUAGACUGUCCUCAGAAGAAGGAAUAUCAUGGUCAAAGACCACCUCGGGCACUGUGUGAGUCUGUAGUAUAUAGGGCACUAUGUGAGCCCGUACUAUGUUGGGUAAUGUGUGAGCCCGUACUAUGUUGGGUACUGUGUGAGCCCGUGGUUGCGUUGGGUACUAUGUACUGUGUGAACCCGUUGACAUGUGGACGAAUUCGGUACUAUACAAUCUCAAUAAAUGGUGCAGUGAGUUUGUAG